AUGACGGGGGCGUCGUCCUCCAACGAGGCAGAUGCUUCGCCGCGGCAGGGGAACGGCGAGAAGAAGCGCCGCCUCAACACGACGCGCACCAGUCAGGCGUGCACGCGCUGCCGCUCGCUCAAGAUGAAGUGUAUCGGCGCGACGGAUCCUCCGUGCCGCCGGUGCCGCCGCACGGGCGCGACGUGCGACUUCAUUCCACGUGCCAACGCGGCACGGCCGUGGAGUCCCGGGCCCUACCCGAGCCACACAUGUACCGAGCUGUGGCGGAACGAAGUGAACAACCGGCUCAAGGCGCUCGAGACGGCCAACGCUCGUCUAGAGGCACUUGUCGCGGGGCGCGAGCACGUCUCUAUGGCAGGCCCAGCGCCACCCUUCAAGAACGGACUAGACCUCGAACCGGAGCGCGGCUCUUCCCAGUCGCAGUUUGCCGGCGUGCUCUCUGCGCUCGAGCGCCUCAAACAAGAGCUCCCAGCCCAUCUCGCGCUCGACGAGGCCUGGGCGCCUCAGACUGUCACACGGCUGUGGGAGUCGUUCCGCGACCACAUGCCCGGCCUACACUUUUUCUCAGGGCAGGUCUCGUUCUCGCAUCCGACACCGCUGCUCGCCGUCUCUAUCCUGUACGUCGCGGCGGCGCACUACACGUCGCCGGGCAUGGGUCAGUUCCAGCCCGUGUACUUUGCUGCAUUUACGCGCGCGGUAGGUACGCUCGCCGUUCCCGACUGUCCCAUUCGGGGCCCGUGUUUGGCUGGUGAAGAUGGCCAGCCCGUCAGCGCCAAGUUUGACGACGUGCUGGGGAUCAUCCUCGUUGGCUUACUCGCUCUUGGUUGGGUCGACACUGUCGGGAUGUGGGUUAACACGGCGUAUCGCCUCCUGCUGGAUGGAAUGGCCGAGGAGCGCUCGCGGCGCCUCCACGAGUGGCGCAGUUUGUGGGAGGGCCUGAGGACAAUCGAGCUCGAGCACUCGAGUUUGCACCUCAUUUGUCCCGCCUUGCCCCGUGAGCCCCCGGACCCGCCCUUCUCCAGUACAGCGCCUCAAGAGACGCGUGAUGCGGGCGGAUCCAUCGGCCAACUACUCUCUAUCAUGCAGCGCUGUAUGCCGAGAUUCGUCGGCCGCGGCCUCCCAACCGUCUGGGAGACUGUGUGCGGCACUGGCCCACCCACCCAAGGCGGGGUCAGCACCGAGCCCGAAGACAUGGCUGCAAUCCAGACGUGGGCUGCUGAAAUUGACGGAUGGUACCGCAAGGUUGCGGCUGACACUGUGAAUGCUACUGAUUACAUCAAGUCGAUCACGCUCCUCAACUAUCAUCUGCACAAGAUCUUCGUCCUAUCCAUCUUCUUUCCCCUCCGCGGCAUCUCGUACACGUCCGCGUCUCAGCGUAUCGAGCUGCUGCAGUCUGCACGUGUUGUGCUCAAGAUCGAGCAGAAUUUUGAAGUGUGGAGCUCUUGGGAUCUCGUCAUGGUGACCAACGCGUCGCUUGUCCUUCUACAAGCGUAUUCACAGGGUGCCGGACAACAGGAGGACAUCGAUCUGAUCCAGUACCAUCUCAACCUCCUGAACGGGACGCAUCAGACGGCGCCGAGCCUGCGCCACACACUGAGCACGCGUCUUGAGACGGCGCUGCAGGCGAUGCGCACGCCAGUGCGCACGCUCCGUCCGCUCCCGACCAUGAGUCCUGGCGCGUCGCGGGCGAGCGUCGACCAAGCCGUCGACUGGCAAUUACAGGCCCAGCCGCAGAGUGCUCAGGGUGCGCAGCCCAUGCAACCUGCGCCUCACCAGGACCGAGGCUUCCUCUUUAUGGACCAGGUGCCGGACCUUGGCAUGCUGCCGGCUGUCACGAACAUCAACGUUGACAACAAUGUGGUUGCCGACUGGCCGCCCUUCCUCGUCAACCUCUUUGGAUACGACAACGGCGGGGCUCACCAGCAGUUCCAGGGCCCAGUAUGA